ACGGACUUACUUGCACACGCUUCUAGUAGAAAGCAAGAUGGAAAGGUGGUCUGGAGGAAAACUAAGAGCCUACGAAGCAGCAAGAAAAGAUGUUAGUGGCUCGAAGACGUCGCCGAGGGUUCAAGAUUCAACUGAAACUAUCCGAGGUUACGAACUGACGCGUACCCUCGGCCGAGGGGAGUUUGGUAAAGUCUACGAGGCGAGAUUCGAGGACAAUCAUUAUGCCAUCAAGCAGAUCAAGUUGAAGCGUAGUCGGAGAUCUAACUGGUUGGCCUUUCGGUCCCUCCACUCCGUCGGCCGCCUGCGGGCGGUGGGGGAAGAAGGUGCCGCCGCCGAACUCGAACCACUCCUGGCGCUAAGCAAGCUGAAACACAAGCACCUCGUGACAUUCUACCAGGCUUUUAUUGCACAGAAAUCUAUGUGGAUUGUGUUAGAGUUGUGCCCCCUGGGAGACAUGGAUGGUUUCGUCCUGUCAGAGGAAUACGAUCGUGCGUUGGACCUGUCAAUCAUGAGACAGGUGGCGGCGGGAAUCGCGUUCCUCCACGAGAAUGGUAUCGUCCAUCGUGACGUCAAACCCGCCAAUAUUCUCUUCACUGGAAAGCCAUGGAGUCCGGAGGCUAAGAUAGCGGACUUCGGACUAGCAAAGCUGUACAAUGCCGUUUCAGAGGGUGGGCAUGGGGGGUUGGUGUCUGGGAAGGGGACGCCAUGUUUUGUUGCCCCUGAAGUUGUCCAACCUCCUUACACCGAGAAAUGUGACGUGUUCUCUAUGGGCGUGGUAUUCGCUGCUCUCACAGACCUCACAACAGUUGCAAGAGGGAAGUUGGGACUACUCAUAAAAGGUGAACCGAUUUUCGAGGCUCUUAUUGAGAAUCCCCAACUGAACCUGUAUAGACGAUUGAUGACGUCACUCCCGUCAGGAAGCCCUCUGAAAGACCUGUGCUUGGCCAUGCUGGCGUACAAGCCAGAAGACCGACCCUCAGCUGCGCAUGCGCAAGAAGUCCUGUUACAAAUACGCCAUCAAGAUUCCCAGCAUGCCCCGCAUCGGCAGGAGGAUAAUGAUGUUGGCGCAUGCGCGGACGUCCUUGGGACGGUUUUGACGCUGCGACAUUUGGAACUCACGGACAAGACAGAACAUGACAGUGGGGACGAAGUGACGCAGACUGAAGUACGUUGCCGUAACGACAAGAGCUUUUCUGACGAACAUUAUCAUUCUGACGCGUCUGAUGACGUCAGCAGUUCUGAGGACGACGAGCAUGACGAAAUCACAUGUCGCUUGCUUUAAGUUUUGUGUCAUACGUCAGGGACAACAUAAUUUGAUUAGGGUCAUGUGUAUUUUAGGACUCAGACAUUCCUUUUACUUUGCGAUGAGUUCGAGUAUACUCGAAAUGUCAGUUGAUUCAAACAAUGAUUUUAACCUCCUUACUUAAAAAAAGCAAAACAAUAACAACAUCGUAAACUCUUAUUGAAGAGGAAGGGGCAUGAGCAGUUAGCGUACGUCACUUAUCAGUCUUGGGAUAUACAGCAUAAAACGUUGUUUUAUAAUAUAUUGUUCUCCUUGUCCCCGUGGCACAGUACAGUCGUAUCAAUGCGUUGUGAAUAUUGCUGUGCAGUGUAAUAACUUUGAAGGUAGAUUCAACUCAUAAUAUAGAAAAAUGACCAAACACGCUGACUUUAUUCUUACAAUA